GUGGGAGCCAGCGCGAGAGCGGCUGCAGGCGGCGGUAUGGCAAGCACGGCCUUGGAGAUCAUCGCCUUCACCGUCUCCAUCUCGGGCUGGGUACUGGUGUCCUCCACACUGCCCACCGACUACUGGAAGGUGUCCACCAUCGACGGCACUGUCAUCACCACCGCCACCUAUUUUGCCAACCUAUGGAAGAUGUGCGUUACCGAUUCCACCGGUGUCGCCAACUGCAAGGACUUCCCCUCCAUGCUGGCGCUGGAUGGUUAUAUCCAGGCGUGUAGAGGACUCAUGAUUGCUGCUGUCAGCCUGGGCUUUUUCGGGUCCAUUUUUGCGCUCUUUGGAAUGAAGUGUACCAAAGUCGGAGGCUCAGAUAAAGCCAAAGCUAAAAUUGCCUGCUUGGCUGGGAUUGUAUUCAUAUUGUCAGGUCUGUGUUCCAUGACAGGCUGUUCCCUGUAUGCAAACAAAAUCACAACAGAAUUUUUUGAUCCUCUCUUUAUGGAGCAAAAGUAUGAACUGGGAGCAGCUCUCUUUAUCGGAUGGGCAGGGGCCUCUCUUUGCAUCAUUGGUGGUGUCAUAUUCUGCUUUUCAAUAUCUGACAACAACAAAACACCCAGAAUGGGCUACACAUACAACGGACCCACGUCUGUCAUGUCUUCUCGGACCAAGUAUCACGGCGGAGAAGGAGAUUUUAAACCCACAAGCCCUUCCAAACAGUUUGAUAAAAAUGCUUAUGUCUAAGAGAGCUCCUGGCAAGCUGUGUCUUGAGUGUGCUGUGAAAGUGAACUGUUCACACAACGACCCUUCCAAGGCCCUCCUGUAACUACCGCUUCAGCUUGUUUUUUAAAAUAUGAAUUUGAAGACUGUUGAUUGGACGGGUGUAAAUGUUCUUAUAGUUAUAUACUAAUCACUUUCUCUUGUGCCUUCCUAUAAGGAAAAUAAACAGGUUAUUUACAGGA